ACAUAGCGCCACAGUGAAGAUGGCGUGUUGUGGAGGAAGAUGUUUGUGCUGCUGCACAGAAGGAGACACCCGGACCCCGGAGGAGCUGACAAUUCUCGGGGAAAUCCAUGAUGAAGAACAUGAGAUUCUCCCCAGAAAGGAUUAUGAGAGCUUGGAUUAUGACCGCUGCAUCAAUGAGCCUUAUGCAGAGGUUGUGGAUGGGAUGGACAACAAGAAAGCCAGACGAUAUGAAGCAGUGCGGUGGAUGAUGGUCUUUGCUAUUGGAGUUGCUGUUGGUUUGGUGGGCCUGUUUGUGGAUUUCUUUGUUCACCUCUUCACAGACAUCAAAUUGACACUCGUAGCUCGUUCCGUGGAAGAGUGCAAUGGGAAAGCCUGCCUCGCCCUCUCACUCCUGGAGCUCAUGGGUUUCAAUCUAACCUUUACCUUAAUCGCCAGCGUGCUGGUCCUGAUUGAGCCGCUCGCUGCAGGCUCCGGGAUCCCAGAGAUUAAAAGUUACCUCAAUGGAGUGAAGAUUCCUGGAAUAGUUCGGUUGCGAACGUUCCUGUGCAAAGCUACCGGAGUCCUUUUCACCGUGGCUGGAGGCCUGUUUGUGGGGAAGGAGGGUCCGAUGAUCCACAGCGGAGCGAUUGUGGGAGCUGGUCUUCCUCAGUUUCAGAGCAUCACCUUCAAGAAGAUCCGCUUUGAUUUCCCAUACUUCCGCAGUGACAGGGACAAGCGUGACUUUGUGUCUGCGGGUGCUGCUGCUGGAGUGGCAGCUGCCUUCGGUGCUCCAAUAGGUGGCACUCUCUUCAGUCUGGAGGAGGGCUCCUCUUUCUGGAACCAGGCCCUCACUUGGAAAGUGCUCUUUUGUUCCAUGUCGGCUGCUUUCACACUCAACUUUUUCCGUUCGGGCAUCAACUUCAACAAGUGGGGUUCGUUCCAGCUGCCUGGCCUGCUCAACUUUGGCGAGUUCAAGUGUCCAGAAGGCGAUAAGAACUGCCACCUGUGGACAGUGGAGGAACUGGCAUUCUUUGUUUUGAUGGGUGUUGUUGGUGGCCUGCUGGGGGCGCUCUUCAACUGCAUCAACAAAAGCCUCGCAAAGUAUCGCAUUCGGCACAUUCACCCCAAAGCCAGGUUCAUCAGGCUUCUGGAGAGCCUACUGGUUGCCAUGGUGACCACGGUGGUGAUAUUUGUGUCUUCUAUGACAUUGGGCGACUGUCGUGAUCUGUCCCCUGCAAACGCUGCCACCAGUAACACCACACACACUGGCAGCGAGGGCAUCAACUCCACCAUCCGGCAGUUCUUCUGCAACAACAAGACCUAUAACGACAUGGCCACGCUGUUCUUCAACCCGCAGGAGGCCGCCAUCUACCAGCUUUUUCACCAGGACGGUACUUUCAGCCCAGUCACUCUCUCAGUCUUCUUCCUGCUCUACUUCCUGUUGGCCUGUUGGACCUACGGCACGUCGAUACCCAGCGGACUCUUCGUCCCUUCCCUGCUCUGUGGGGCUGCGUUCGGACGUCUGGUUGCCAACGUGCUGAACAUAAAUGUGGGGAUGGACGUCUACGCUGGGACCUUCGCUCUCAUUGGAGCAGCCGCUUUCCUGGGGGGUGUGGUCAGAAUGACCAUCAGUCUGACGGUCAUCCUGAUUGAAUCCACCAAUGAAAUCACGUAUGGACUGCCCAUCAUGAUCACACUGAUGGUGGCCAAGUGGACCGGAGAUUUGUUCAACAAAGGCAUCUAUGACAUCCACAUCAACCUGAAAGGUGUGCCGCUGCUGGAGUGGGAGACAGAGGUGGAGAUGGAUAAGUUAAGAGCCAGUGAUAUCAUGGAGCCCAACCUAACCUACGUGUACCCUCAUACCCGGGUGCAGUCUCUGGUCAGCAUCCUGCGCACCACUGUCUACCAUGCCUUCCCUGUGGUCACUGAAAACCGGCAGAAUGAGCAGGACUUCAUGAAGGGCAAUAUCCUGGUCAGCAAUAACAUUCACUUUAAGAAAUCCAAUAUUGUAUCCCGGGCGGGGGAGCAGCGGCGUCGGUGUCAGUCCAUGAAGUCAUAUCCAUCCAGUGAGCUGAGAAAUGUCUGUGACGAGCAAAGUGUUGCUGUGGAGCCAACUGACGAGGGGGAGGACCUGCUGCAGCAGAUGUUGGAUAGGAGGCAUGCUCCUUAUCCAAACCUGUAUCCUGACCAGUCCCCCAGUGAGGAGUGGACCUUGGAGGAACGCUUCAGACCGCUCACAUUCCACGGUCUCAUCCUGCGCUCCCAGCUGGUCAACCUGCUCAUCAGAGGGGUGUGCUAUGCAGAAAACCAGUCGAGCGCCUCUCAGCCCAGACUGUCCUAUGCAGAGAUGACCGAAGAUUAUCCACGAUAUCCAGACAUCCAUGACUUGGAUCUGGCUCUGCUCAACCCCCGCAUGAUAGUGGACAUCACCCCUUACAUGAACCCAUGUCCAUACACGGUGUCGCCAAACACCUAUGUCUCCCAGGUCUUCAAUCUGUUCAGGACCAUGGGCCUGCGGCACCUCCCAGUGGUCAACGCUGUGGGAGAAAUUGUUGGAAUAAUCACGAGACAUAAUCUAACCCACGAGUUCCUUGUGGCCAAACUACGACAGCAUUACAUCUCCAUUUGAACCAUCC